GUCUUUUUCCGUCACUGAUCCUCGUGUCUUUUUCCGCUCUGUGAGCAUCAUGGCGGCACUGUCGCCCCCCUUUGACGGAAGUACCAAACGCAGGAAGAUUACGCGCGCCUGCGAUGCGUGCAAGGCAAAGAAGAAACGCUGCUCGGGCACCCAGCCUUGCCCGUCGUGCGAGAGGGCCGCCAAGCCAUGCACCUAUCUCGCCAGCUACACGCGCGGCCGCUUCAAGACUCCGCCGCCUCCGCUCCCGCUGCCGCCGCCGCCUCGCGCCGGGCUGGACGCGCUGUCUUGGCGCCCGCUGCCGCCCGACCCGGAGCGUAUCCUCGUCGACGAUCCCCCAUCCAGAGGUGCUUCGCUCGAGCCUGAAGCCACGCUCGAUGGGCAUUACCUGGGUCCCGAUUCUGGGAUCGCGUGGUUGCGCCGGGCAUGGAGGAAGCUGGGCCAGGCGCAUCAUGAGAUGGGUGUAGAAGAGACUUCAGCAGAGGCAGGAAAUAGGAGCUCUGGCAGUAUCUUUACGUACGGCGACAAAGAAACGCCCGUAGAUCACGAUGCAGGCUUCACGUUCCCGUCCCCAGAACGGGCAGACUACCUCGUCGGUCGCUACUUCGAGUACGCUGCGCCGACGUACCGCUUCCUGCACCGGCCGACGCUGGUCUCCUGGCUCGCCGCAAUGCAAGACCCCACAACGGCAUCUAGCGUAUCUCCCGCACGGCAGGCCGUUGUACUCCUCGUAUUUGCCACGGCCACCAUAUACGAGCUCAAUAAGCAUGACCACGCCAAGCCCGACGCUGCCAUCCGCACAGAGGGCGAAUCCUACCAGCGUGCUGCUCGAGAGCACCUCUCGCGAGAAGCCGGUGCCCCGACGCUCGAGUCCGCGCAGGCCCGUUUCGCGCUCUGCCAUUUCUUGCUCAGCACAUCGAGACCCAACGAAGCGUGGUUCACAUUCGGGACGACGGCGCAAUUAGCACUCGCGUUGGGACUGCAUCGGCGGCAACGCGAGCGGGCAGCACCUUCAAACGGAGCGCGGAGCGCGGAGACGGGCGACGUGCUCGUCGCUCGCGAAUGCCGUCGCCGCCUCUUUUGGUCUAUGUACACGCUCGACACGUACCUGAGCGUCAUGUUUGGGCGACCGCGCCUGCUCCGCGACGAGGACAUCACACAGCCACUGCCGCAGGCACUCAAUGAUGAAGACAUUGCGCCUGAAGCUGGCAGCGCCGCUGCUGCUCCUAGGCCUGCGUCUCCCGCCAGCGACGCCGACUGCGUCAUGCACGCGGCGAUCUUCCACGCGCGACUUGCGCGCAUCCUAAGCCGCGCAAUUGCGCUCCAGCAGCGGCAACGGCGGCAUCGGCGGCGCAGUGGAAAGCAGCGCGCGCUGAGCGCGGCAGCGGGGCUGCAUGCGGAGCUGGACGCGUGGAAAGCCCGCUUGCCGCCUUUCCUGUCGGGCGCGAUUAGGCCGUCGAGUCUGAUUCCGGUGUUUAGGCGGCAGGCGACUGUGCUGCAGAUUGCGUAUGCGCACGCGGUUAUGUUUGUUGGAAGGGGGUUUUUAGUGGGUGGGGAUCACCUCGCCUCUGCAACCCUGAAAGCGGCUUCCUCGGCUCUGAACCUGGUCCGCACGUUCGUGGCCGAGAAACAGCCGUUCCCGGCCUUCUGGUUCUCGCAGCAUAUCGCGUUUAAUGCGCUGGCUGUGCUGUGGGUUUGGGUGCUGGAGCGGCGCGAGCGCAGCGAGCUUAGACAUAGAGGCGAGCUAAGCCAGAGAGGCGAGCUAAACUCACUUCGUGGGCAGGCGCUCCUCGCCCUCGCGGACACGGUGCAUGGCCAUUUGGCGGCGGUGGGCGAACACAGCGCGCCGUGCUUGCGGUAUGGGAUCGUGCUGCGGGAGCUGCGGGAUGAGGUUGGCGGCGUGGGUGUGGGCGUGGGUGGAGGUGGAGGUGAGGGUGGUGGUGCGGAUGGGAGUAGGAGUACUGCGCUGAUGGAAGGCGAUCCGCAUGGUAAGCCGCUGUAUGCUCCUGCUGCUGCUGAGCUGCGGCCGUCGGGCUUGCUGCUGCAGUCACAGUCGCAACAACAGCAGCAGGCUGAACCGAGCACGGCCACCGCUACCGUCACCACCGGCGGUGGCGGUGACUGGAGCAACAACAUCAACGGCGCCAGUGCAGCCGCGGUAGGAGACGUAGCAGGUGUAGACGCUGACGCCGACGCUGACGCGCCGUUCGAUCUGGGCGGCUGCGGCUGGGGUGGCUGGGGUCUGGGUGUUGAGUUUUGGCCCAGGUUGGACGCACUGCCGUUGGGGGAGACGUUUUAGUUUGUGUGUGGGGGUUUCUGGGGUGGUGUUGGGUUGUAGGAUUGAAAGAAAAUAAUUCUGCUUAUAGGGGAUGGGUUGGGCUUGUUGUAGGAAAGGGAUAGGAAAGUAAGGUCGUGGUUUGGUUGUUGUAGGUUUGGUUCUGGGAUUUGGGUUGUUGGGUGUUGGGAGUGUGGGGAAAGGCUAUAUGGAUGGGUUUAUAUGAGAAAGUUAAAGGUAUUGUAUAAGGCUAAAUACAACAUGUUAUCAACC